AAAAAAUGGGUUUAGAGAUUCUUGAAGCUUACAAGAAGAAGAAAAGAAGAUCAAAUUUCUAUAGUUUUCAAAAUUUUCUUGAUCCAGGAUAUCCAAUUACAUCAAUGGGUACAUUUCGUGAUAAUAUUCGGUUAUUUCUUCAAGAAUGUGCUGAACUUGAAGAGUAUACAGUUGAAGGAAUGUCCAUUUGGUCUACAUUUUUAGUGCAUAAGAAUAGAGGUAUUGUUUUUCCACUUUAUACCAUUGAAGAGAAUGUCAAGAGCUCGGUUCGAACUUUUUGUGAUCAUUGUAGAUGUGCUGGUUGGAGUCAUCAUUUUGUGUCAAAGAAGAAGUAUCAUUUGAUUAUACCCGCUGAUUCUGAAUGGAACAAGCAUCUUGAUGAUGGUGUUUUUGAUGAUCAAACUCAUAUUUUGCAUGGUUUGAUUCAUUCUAAUGGAUUUGGGCAUUUGAUUUGCGUUAAUGGAAUUGAGGGUGGAUCACAAUUUCUCUCUGGCCGUGAAGUUAUGGACCUGUGGGAUCGCAUUUGCACUAACUUCCGAGCUCGGAAAAUCACUGUUGAAGAUGUAUCCAAGAAGCAUUUGAUGGAUUUGCGUUUGUUAUAUGGGGUUGCUUAUGGGCAUACAUGGUUUGGCCGGUGGGGUUACAAAUUUAGCCACGGAAGCUUUGGGAUAAUGGAACAUAACUAUGAAAAAGCUAUAGAAAUGCUCAGCUCAGUUGAACUCGAUCAAGUGAUUGAUGAUUUCAGAUACACCAGCAGAUCCAAUGUUAUGAAGCAAAUGAUUGUUUCCUAUAGAGGUUUAAGCAACACUCCUUUGAUCACGAUCCGCGACCUCUUCAGGUUCAUGCUAGCUGUCAAGUCAUGCAAUUCAGUUAAGGAGAAGCAGCCAAAUGUUGCUCCUGUUGUACGAGCCCGUUCUUUGAGAAAUGCUGCACUAAACAAGUCUGAAAAAUCAGUGAGGUACAUAAAAUUUUCGAAUGUUGCAGCGUCUCUCGACAGUAGAUGGCCAGUGAGAAGACUUGAGUUUACUGCUGAUGUGAUUGUUGAUGCGUUGAGAGAAAAGAGAGAAGCAACAAACAGAUUUGGGAGUUGUGGGAUGAGCAGGCAAGAAGCUCGGGAUGCUGCUCGUCUCCACAUUGGUGAUACAGGGUUGAUUGAUUAUGUACUGAAAUCAAUGAAUAAUGUGAUUGUUGGAGGCUAUGUAGUUCGUCGUGCAGUGAACCGAGCCACGAGGGUUUUGGAGUACACGAUUCAGGAACUUCGAAAUUGUGAUCAGCCUGAACAAGAAAAGCUACCCAUGAAUUCCUCCUCCUUGAUGAAGGACUAUGAUGUUAAUCCUGGAACAGAUGUGCACACUGAUGUUUUAUGCUUGUAUAAUAAUCUGCUUUUGAGCUUCGGGCAAUCUGAUGUGAUGAACUUUGCUGUGAGGACAGUUUUGGAUAGUAAGCAAUUUGUGAAGGAAUGGCCGUUUAGGGAUGAUCCGGAUGACAGCUUGUUGAGGUUCAUUUGUUGCAUUUUGCCAAGUUGUAUUGGCCUGGAAGAUUUACUUACAAAGGGACAUCCCCCUGGCGAAGUAGUUGAAGUUCCGCUACAUUCAACGAUUGGUGAUCUUAAGAUAGCGGUGGAGUCUGCAAUGAGGGAUACUUACUGCAUUAUGGACAAUUUGAUGGUGACAGACAUUGUAGGGAUGGAACAUUUGGAGGAUAAUGAAGUGCUAUUUGGGAUUGUUGAGUCAGGGUCAGAACUUUGGGUGAGGGGUUUUGGGUUGGAUUUGGACAGUGAGUUGAAGAAUGAAGGAGGGUCUGAUAACUGGAAGGUGAACUGCAGGUGUGGGGCCCGGGAUGAUGACGGUGAAAGGAUGAUUUCCUGUGAUAUAUGUGAGAUAUGGCAGCAUACUCGCUGCUGUGGCAUCGAGGACUCUGAGGCUGUCCCACCAUUGUUUGUGUGUGAGGCCUGCUGUAAUUCACUUGCACCACCAAGAGCAGAAAACAGCUUUGUCUUUGGUCAUUAUGGGGCUACUGCACUAGUGCCUUGUGAUUCUCAACUUGGCAUGGACAUGAUAUACUGAAUUUAGGACAAGAUUUGUAUAGAUAGAAAGGAUAAUCAUCAUAUAGUCAUAUAAUUGUGCAGUUUAUCUGUAAUCCUUUUCUCUUGUUAUACGCGAGUAACACGAUUCUUUCAAGGACAAAUCGAAUAAUCAAUGAUGAUCCUUAUAUAGUGUGUAUCUCCUGCUUCUUUACACAUUUCUUUCACAACUUUAAGUCCAUUUACCUGUUUGAUUAGAAAGAAUGUAGAAGAGGCUAUAAUUUUCUGCUUGAUGUACUUGUAUAUAUAGCCCUGGAUGACUACAACAGUUAAAAUGACUAGCAUUGAAAAUCUAGUUAUGAAUGUCGGGUGGCCUAUAUCUGUGGACCUUCCAGAAAACUUUAGCUGAUUCUGAAUGAGAUGCUCAUACAAAAGAUCUUGUUUAUUUUUUCUUUUUGGUUCGAAUUAUUCUUUUUACGUUGAAUGACAUUCUCUAGUGCACUACUCUUCUUCAUACUAGUGCAGCUAUAGGCAUGCAGCUGCUUAAAUACUUGUUCAGCAGCAAGACUGUAAUAAGGGAAUUGUCUUUGCAAAUAAGACUAAGAUUGAUUAAUUAGAAAUACAACUUCUGUCAGUCAUACAUUGACAUGAUUGGGCUGUGGGGAGGGGGGGGGGGUGGUGGUUCCUCCAAGGUUCUUGUGGUUCUCAACUACACAAUGAAAGUUCCCUCUCUACAAUCUCUUCUUUUUCAUUUCUAAUCCUAUUGCUUUACAAAAUCUCAUGGGCAGAAGAAUUUGCACCAUGAUCCUACUCAUGAUCUCCUAAAGCAGGAAGUGAGAUCGAUGAAUACAUCCUCUUUGCAAGGUAUUGUGAGACC